UCUACUUAAUACAUUCAUAUCGUCUCCACCAUUCUACACCGUCUUACUCUACGCCGUCUUACGCCCGCCCUGGCUUCUGUUUUCGCUUGAAACAUUCGUUCGCUCUUUUGUGGGAAAAUGGAAUCUCUCCCAUCGGCAAAGCCGGUGGCCAGAAAACCGGAACGCAAGGACCGCCGUCAGAAGCUCAAGCUCAUUAGAAAAAGGAUCGACAAACUAGGAAAUGGCUAUCUCGAAGACUCCGACCUAAUAGCCGCUGGUGUGGACCGGCAACCCAUGUCUCUCGAAGAUAAUGAUAUCCUUCUGCCUCAGUUCUUCGCGCCUUACAACGCGAAGGUCGAUCCACCCGACGUGAAAGUCGACCCAGACGAUGAUGACUGGAUCACCGAAAACUUCCCCUCUUUCGAUGAACUCGAUUUCGAUGAAUUCGCCCAUAAUUCGGAGUUCUUUCUACACAUGUACAUUCAACAUGGCGGAUUGCCGCAGGAGGAUGAAUUCCCGCCUGCGCCUUCUUACAGGGACUGGGGUGACUUUGGCUUCCCCGAUCUCGUCGAAAUUUUCGGCAACCCACGAUGGCAACUCCAGACGGCCUGGGAUCUGCCGCUUCGGCCCCAUAUCAAAUGCAUGAUCAUCACCGAAGCCGUGCCGGAUGAUCGCCUCUUAUACGGAGAGAUUGUGACCAUCGACGAGAUUAUCCAGCAGCGUCUGAGAACCAAAAUUACCCGCAAACACGUGGAUGCUCCGGUCUUGAUGUUCUCGUUCAUAGGCUCGCAGGUCCGUGUGCUCGAGGCCAACUUUAAUGGGAAAGAGCUGGUGGUGCGGGCCACCAAGCUUUAUGAUCUCAAAGACGAUGAUAAGAAAGGAUGGGAACUUUCUAUCUUCCUGAAAAAGUGGUGGCUUGGCGAUGCCACCAAGAAGUCUACCAGAUGAUCUGAUCUAUCUGCACGAUGCGAGUGUUUUGAGAUUUCUGUAUCCGAUUUUUGUUUUGGCGAUUGAUGAUGGCUCAUCGGCGUUGGUUUCUCUUUAUGGAAUUUGUGUGUGAAUGAUUCCGACGGUGUGAAUUACUAUUGCAACGCGUCUAUGCUGAGUGAUACUUCGAUUAGUUUAUUGACGUACAGGGAGCCGAGGACCAUCGCAGCAAUCCAAAAAUAUCAAAG